CCGCAGCAAACGAGAAGCAUCCACUGAACACUAAAUCAAAGCGAAGAUUAUAUGGCACAUGAUGCAGCGUAAAAGUUUACGAAAUCAUCAAUCAGGAGAGAAAACUCUUGUAUCGAUUUGAUACAAUCAUCACGAAUAGAGACGGUUCAUAUUCAAAUAGGCCUAGUAUAAAUCUUAUUGGAAAGUACAUGUGCCGUCCUAAACUAAAACAAAAUGAACAAUAAUUGUUUUUACUGAAACAUGCAGCCAUUCCAAAACAACUAUCAAGGUUUCCUGAUUUAUUUUUUUAUAAAACGUCGACUGACCACGAUGUUCUGAAAGAAACCCGUGUCCCGUUUCCAUUCAACUGAUCUGACACAAUGGAAGAGUAGAUAAAGCUGUCAUCAUCUGCAGAAAGACCGACCCAUCCCCAGGGGUUUUUCAGAUGACUCGCCGUCGGACGGUCAUUUGUUUCUAGGGAAUAGAAGGGUCGAUCUGAACUGAUCAACGCCCUCACUGCAGCGAUCCGCCACGUCUUACAAUUCGGCCCCUUGACAGGCUAGUCAACACUCAUCAUUACCAAUGUUUUCUCAAUACGCAUUAUACAAUGCACAAUGUUUUCAGAAUUGGUGAAUUUGUUAACUUCUUAUACUAGUAUUUAAUAGGAAGAACAUCUAAUUCAUUUCAUCCAUCAAAUACGUUUAUCAUCUCGUGCCGAUUUAUCUCCUUAUUAACAAACUUGUUCGACAAUAAGGUACAUGGAAAUUCAUGCUAAUUUUAUCAUAGUUAUACUUCCUUAAACAUUCUGAAUGUGUACAUGCAUUAUCAAUUGAGUUUAAAUGUCUGCUUGACUGAUUCGACCGUGAAGGUAAACGGAUAUGGUGCACAGUGAAGAAAAUUUUUAAAAGUCUCAAUAUUAACGAGUCAAGGAUUAUAUGUAGAACGUUUAAGUGUUCAAACUAAGUGUCGAAAUGGAGUUGUUUGUGUUUGUAUUUUUAGUCUGUGUAAUUUGCCAGCAAACAUUGAGUCUUUCCGGGAAUUAUUCUGAGGAUCAGAAUAUAUUCAUAACUUCUAAUUCUUCAUCUUUGAAUAAAGAAUUCCUGGUGACUUUCUCCAGAAACUGCAGUGUGACGCCAGUGUCUGAAAUGCUGAGACACGACAUCAAAGAACUUCUAGACGCCGGAACCAAGCUUAUCAUCUAUGAACUGAAGUUUCGAAACCAUUCCGGAAAGAUUCCAGGACAAUCGAAAUCUGACAUUUACAAACCUUUUCUUUGGGAAAGAAGUACCGGUCGGCAUGGCCAAGGACUUUUAUUUUUGAAGACGGGUUUCGAAAUACUUUCACUUUCGACUCUGAGUUACGGCACUGAAAAUAUGAAAGUAGAAUUACAGGAAGAACCAAUAGGAUGUUUAUUACAAAGGGAUAUAAAGGAAGUAGAAAAAGGCCUUCGACAUAUUUUACUAAAUGAUUUCAAAGAAAUCUCACCAGACGGAGCUGGUGGUAGUCUUAGUGACAAUGAACAUGUCUGCAACAUGCACAUCAAAAAUGUAAACAACAGGGCUGUUUUCUACCACGUGUGUUGUUCUAAAACUCCUAAAGGUAGUAUCGUAUGUAGAGAACUUGUUAAAGACAUGUGGGUCCGUAUUUUAUUUUACUGCAUAUAUCUUAUGAACUUGCUUGUCAUCAUGUUUUGUCCUUAUCUCAUACCCAAGGCUUGGUAUCAAGACAAGUACAAAACUUUGAAGUACGAAUUCAACUGUGAUAAUCCAAUCCAAGUCAAAGUAAUGAAGACUUACCUAAAUAACCCACCACCCACGACCGAAAAUAUUGUGAAUAUUGACGAUCUGCCGCUAAUGAAUGCUUUUAUGGAACAGUUGGAUGAAAUGGAUGAAGAUACUGUUUAUGCACUGACCCUUUCAAAGAUAUACUUGAACGUUAAGCAUGAGCGUUUAAUUCCACCAAAUGAUGUUCCCGUCGGAAUUAUCAGAUCCAUUUACGAUUCGUUUUUUCGUUGUCAAAUCCGCGAAAGGGAUUCUUUGAAACCAUGUUGCAACCGUAGUGUAUUUGAACCUUUCAGAGGAACUUCGUUGGUCAUCAAACAUUUAAAGUGGUAUCAUUGUUUACAAAAACUUAUGUUAAUUGUUUCAUGCAUUUUGGUCAUCAUUCCAUGGAUUUUCAGAAUAGCCAUUUUCUAUCGGUAUGAAGACAGUGAACACGAUGAUAAGGACGAUGCUGCACGUGACCGGAAAUUGGAAGUGCACUUUGCAUAUUUUCCCGGAAGUAUGACGAGUUUUUUAACACCUGUUCACGGUAUGUUCGUAUUCUGCUACGCUGUACUGGUUGUAGACGGUGUUUUGUUUGGAGUUCUAGAAUUCAUUACUUCUGAAAUAAAAAGAAAUAUGGAUAUAGUUCUUCGAAAGUGCUUCCGAGACAUGCAUGAAUCUUCGUAUUCGAGAUCGUUCGGAUGGGCUAUAAGAACUUUGCUUUAUCCAUUCAAGGAAUAUGGAGUUUUCGCUUUUUUCAUCGUAGGAAUAUACUGGAUGUUCGUUUUACCAGUUAUCAUCAUGGUUCUAGCAUUUUAUUGUAUACCAACACUCAACAUCGCGUUGCGACUACUGUGUCAUCUGAUCAUUGUGGUCUUCCCAAAUUUUAAAUUUGUAACCAGAUUGAAAGAGAAAAUCGGCGUAGUUGGCCUUCUCAGAAGAGAGACUGUUGCUCGCCUGUCUACAAAAUCCAGUGUUGGCUUUCGUGCUGUACAAUUUAUUGCCAUUCUAUUGAGCAUAUUAGCGUUGGUCUCCUGUGUAAUUUUAGUUGUCGAAGUCAUUGUUUUCUUCGUUGAGAUGAUAGUCUAUACCUUGAUUGGUGUCAUUCUCAAUGCUUCUCAAACUCUGAAAUACAUUUCUUUACUUUUCAUGUUGUCGUUGUAUGCUCGAGACUGUUUUGGUAGCGUUACUCAGAAAUAUCAAACUUUUAAUCAAGCCAUUCACAAGGCACUUCUCGGAAGAGCGAAAGAACAGGUAGACAAGGUGGCAUGGCAGACGGCAGAUAUACAGCCGAACACUGCCUUCCAGAUCAGCGUUGAUGACCAUGAGGACGAGACUGUGCCGAUGGACCCCUUCCCUCACAUGUCUAAUGGCGUCCUCAAAUGGUGUGUCCCACGUGUUCUGUUAUUUUUAGAUAAUCACGACAAACCGUACAUUACUCGAACAUUCUUUUUCAAAUCCGCUUACAUUGAUCACGUGGGUUGUCCUGGAAGUCUAUACAAAAACUUGGUGAGUGCCCUUCGUCAGUUUUUGACAAUUAUUCUAUUUCUUUUGUUUGUUAUAAUUGUUGUAAUGGCCUUUGGAAACGAAUACUCAGUUUCUGGUGUUAAUCAAAUGCUGGCCACACUCGCUGGAGGUUUUCUACCAUGGGUUUUCCGCAAUGUUCUCUUCAAGCCUCCCGCUGACGUGGAGGUAGACACCUCUAGUCUGAGCUUCCAAAAUCUCUUUGAUGACGUAAUAAAGAAUUACAAACAGAACUGGCCGGUAGCUGACAUCAUUGCAGAUUCAAAGCAACCUGAAAGAGAUGGUUUAGAAAUGAAGGUGAUUUCUCAUUCCAAGAAGUAUUCGCCGUACAUGGACCCUGGAAGUGUCACUAUGUUAAACGGGGAUGUAGUCUGUGAGAGGAGAAACAACAUAUUGAUUGUGAACAUGUCAACCAGGGUAAAACGUGAACAUGAGAUAACAGAUGUAUGAUAUCUAGGUCUCAACAUGAGAUAAUAGAUGUGUGAUAGCUAGAUUUCAACAUGAGAUAAUAGAAGUGUGAUAGCUAGAUUUCAACAUGAGAUAAUAGAGGUGUGAUAGCUAGAUUUCAUCAUGAGAUAAUAGAUGUGUGAUAGCUAGAUUUCAUCAUGAGAUAAUAGAUGUGUCAUAGCUAGUUCUCAACAUGAGAUAAUAGAUGUGUGGUAGCUAGAUUUCAACAUGAGAUAAUAGAUGUGUGAUAGCUAGAUUUCAACAUGAGAUAAUAGAUGUGUGAUAGCUAGAUUUCAACAUGAGAUAAUAGAUGUGUGAUAGCUAGAUUUCAACAUGAUAUAAUAGAGGUGUCAUAGCUAGUUCUCAACAUGAGAUAAUAGAUGUGUGAUAGCUAGAUCUCAACUUCUAAUUAUUUUAAAUUUUAUUGUUUUUAACAUUGCUUAAGGAUCUCUACCUGCGAUAUGUCAAAUGCUUUUAUGGAACUAUUUCAGACAGUUCAAUAUUAUAUAAAUAUUGAAUGUAGUUGAGGGUAACAUUGGAAAUUUUCACCCCAAGAAACGACUGUCAACUGAGGUGAAAAUUUCAAUGUUACCCUCAACUACACGAGGUGAAAAUUUCAAUGUUACCCUCAACUACACGCACCAUUUGUUUUGUUAUGCUGAAUGUCAUACAUUUAUGAGAUAUUCAUAACAAAUUGAAAGCACAAAUAUUCAACUGAUUUUUUAAAGUCUAGAUUGUCGUCAAUGUGCAAAAAGAAAAAAACUUCACAUGGAAUUGAGAAGUUCAAAGUAAACGUGUCUAUGAUCGUUAUAAAGUAAAGGUAUGUACCAAUAUACCUGCAGGGCUGCCGAGUAAAGGUAUGUACCAAUAUACCUGCAAGGCUGCCGAGUAUUGUUUGUUUCAAACAUCUGCGGCGAACCGUACGUGUAGGUGAUACUAGAAACCAUUGUCAAGUAAUAUUUCCCGUCUCUAAUCCUAUCACCCCAGAGGUAUGUUUUUACACUCACGGGAAAACAUUGUGUGUGGUUUUUGGUUUUUUUAAAGGUUUUUUUCAAACGUUUCUCGGCCAAUCAGAUUGGAGUAUUUUACAUGACGUAUGGUAUAUAUAUAUAUAUAUGUAUUCUGUCUCUUACAGCGAUCUCAAUCAGUUCUUUAUUGUUUUCCAUGUGUUCCCGUGUCUCACACUUAUGUAGAUUGUUUUAUUUGUAAAAUUAUAUGUAAACUUUAUUUCAUACAUUAAAUGUAUAAAAAUUUAUCA